GCACUCUGAGCUCUUUCCAGCUGCUAUGCAGUUUUACGAAGGAAGCUAAUCCUACCUCUUUAUCGAAGCUUAAUGCAUCAGUAAAAGCCAACUAGACCAGCUCUGGACACAAGCUGCAAGAUGCCACAUUUUGAGGAAAAACUGUUUUCUAUAGUUUUCCUAUGGGCUGGAAUUCUCCAGGGUCAGGGUGUGAAUUUAAGUCGAACAGAAUGGUGCUACAACGACCUGGUCUCCCCUCUGUACUUCACAUCUUUUGAUGCAUCCUCAAGAUAUUCAGUAUUUUAUACUUCUAAUUUUGCACGUCUCUAUGGCAGCAGCGGGUGGUCACCAGCCCCUGGAGAUAAACAGCCUUGGCUUCAAAUUGAUUUAAAGCAAAAGUAUAAAAUCAUGGGAGUAGCCACGCAGGGGACAUAUAACACGUACUAUGACUGGGUGACCAAGUAUAUCCUCCUUUAUGGGGACCGGCCAGAUAACUGGAAGCCGUUCUUCCAGCAAGGAACCAACUGGACAUUUUUUGGAAACGUCAAUACAUCAGGAGUGAUGGAACACCGCCUCUACUUUCCCAUUAACACUCGUUAUGUCCGCUUUGUGCCAGUGGCAUGGAAUCCAAAAGGAAAGAUCGGACUUCGUGUUGCCCUUUACGGCUGUCCGUACAACCAUGAUGUCCUCUCCUUUGAUGGUGACGAUUUAAUCUCAUUCCGUUUUCGAGCGAAGACUAACAGUACCUUGGAAGAUGAUAUAUCGUUCAACUUUAAAACUUUAGAAAAAGAAGGAAUGCUAAUGCAUGCUGAAGGAUCUCAAGGAGAUUUCAUUACACUGGAACUCCAGAAGGCACGCUUAGUCUUCAAGAUUAGUCUAGGAGACAGUCCUCUCUAUCCUAUUGAUGCCUACACAACUGUCAAAUUAGGGAGUCUCCUAGAUGACCAGCACUGGCAUUCUGUACACAUUGAACGCUACAGACGGGAACUUAAUAUAACUUUGGAUGGGGAGACAAGGCAAAUAGUUUGCAAUGGAAACAUGGAGCACUUGGAUUUGGAUACAGAGAUUUUUUUUGCUGGUAUUGUUUACCAAGAAAAGACCAUCUCUCACAAGCAAAACUUCCGUGGCUGCCUGGAGAAUAUUCUCUUCAAUGGAGUAAACAUCGCCGACCUCGCAAGAAGAAAAAAACCUUCAAUUCGCUUUGUUGGUAAUGUUCGCAAUUCCUGUGUGGUAUUGCCGUAUGUCCCUGUGACGUUUUCUGGCAUCAACAACUACCUAAUGGUUCCUGGUAUCCCUGCUAAUAUGAAGAUGAUGGUGAGCUUUAAGUUUCGCACGUGGGAUAAUGUUGGCCUGCUGAUGUACUCCAAUUUUGCUGGUUCUCUGGGAUCCCUUGAAAUGGCACUGAGUGACGGCCAGAUCAACAUCUCCAUUUCCCAACCUGGCACAAAGAAACUGGUAUUUGCAGCAGGUCACAGACUCAAUGAUGGCUUUUGGCACUCUGUCUCCCUGGUGGCCAGAGAAAACUCUGCAGUGGUCAUCAUUGAUGAGGAUGAAGGGGCAGAGUUCAAAGUUAAUUAUAUAUUCCAACUUCGGACAGGGGAUUCAUAUUACUUUGGAGGUUGUCCUAAGCCAGCUGCCGGAUCUGGGUGCCACUCGAAUCAGACCGCAUUCCACGGUUGUAUGCAGAUGAUAAUGGUUGAUGGUUUGCCCGUGGAUUUUCAUCGGAUGCAAUUUGGGUGGUUGGGGAGUUUCUCAGAGGUUAUGUUCAACGUGUGUGCUAUAGCUGACAGAUGCAGACCUAAUCCAUGUGAGCAUGGGGGCCGCUGCUAUCAAUCAUGGGAUGACUUUUUCUGCAUCUGUGAUAUGACUGGCUACAAGGGAGAGACUUGUCACAAGUCUCUUUACAAGGAAAACUGCGAUGCAUACAGAGUCAGUGGCAAAUAUUCUGGCAAUUAUACUGUGGAUCCUGAUGGUAGUGGGCCAAUGAAACCUUUUACUGUUUACUGUGACAUAUCAGAGGAAAGAGCAUGGACUACAGUACAUCAUGACCGGGAAGUGGCAACAAAGAUCGUUGGUACCACCCCAGACCAUCCGUAUAUGGGGGAGUUGCAUUAUUGGAACGCAUCUUGGGGAGAAAUUUCCUCAUUGGCAAAUGGGUCUGAAUACUGUGAGCAGAAAAUAGAAUUCUCUUGUUACAAAUCCAGGCUCCUCAAUUCACCUGCUGGACUUCCCUACAGCUUCUGGAUGGGACGAGAUAAUUUAAGGCAUUUUUACUGGGGUGGCUCAAAUCCUGGAAGUCAAAGAUGUGCUUGCAGCUUUGAAAAGACAUGUGCAGAUCCAACUUUCUUCUGCAACUGUGAUGCUGAUCAUCUGCAGUGGAGAAGUGACAAAGGUGUACUUAAAUAUCGUGAUCAUCUACCAGUUACACAAGUGGUUGUGGGGGACACAAAUCGCUCCAGCUCCGAGGCCUGGUUUUCAGUGGGACCAUUACGAUGCUAUGGAGACAGAAACACAUGGAAUACAGUGACAUUUAUGAAAGGAGCCAGCCUACUCUUCCCAACAUUCAAACCAGAAACUAGUGUUGAUAUCUCCUUCUACUUCAAAACCACUGCUCUAUCUGGAACCUUUUUGGAGAAUGCAGGAGGAUAUCCUGACAUAUAUGGCAGAUUUCAGAUCUUUAUCAGGAUUGAGUUGAACACAACAAAAGAACUGGCGUUUAUUUAUGACAUUGGUAACGGCCAUGAAAAUGUAACUGUAAAAUCACCCCGAGGUUUUAAUGAUGAUGAAUGGCACCAAGUGAAGGCUGAAAUGAAUGUCAAGCUAGCAAGAAUCAAGGUAGAUUACUUACCCUGGGUUAUCCGCAGAUUCCCCCUUCAGACCUACCUCAACAUGUCUUAUGAUCGUCCAUUACGUGUAGGUUCUGCAGAGUACAAGUUAAAACCAUUUGUUGGUUGCCUUCGUGCGCUGAGAAUGAAUGGAGUUACAUUGGAUUUAGAAGGAAAAGCUAAUGAAACGUUAGGUAUAAGGACCAACUGCACAGGCUAUUGUGAGAAGCCACGAGUAGAGUGUCAGAAUCUUGGUCGCUGUGUGGAAAGAUACAAUCACUACACCUGUGAUUGCAAUGGAACGGGAUUUGAGGGACCCUUCUGUAACAGAGAUAUUGGUGCAUAUUUUGAGGCUGGAACAUGGCUGCGAUACAAUAUUCUAUCGAUAAGCAUGAUAGCUGCCAAGGAGUUUGCCAACAUUACACACCUUCCACUUUUUGUGAACAAUCUAACUCGCGAUGAGAUUUCUUUCAGCUUUAGAACCACCACUGCCCCAGCUGUACUCCUCUACGUCAGUUCCUUUGUCUCAGAUUACAUUGCUGUUCUUCUCAAGCCAGAUGGGACUUUGCAACUGAAUUAUCAGUUGAGCAAUAACCCAUAUGUCAUCCAGCUGAGCAGGAAAAACAUGACCGAUGGGAGAUCUCACUUGGUUAAUAUUACAAGGAUAUACCAUACUCUUUACAUGCAGGUGGACUAUAAUCCUGUGGUGACCAAACAAUUAUAUUUAUGGCUCUGGAAAUUUGAUUCUCCGAAAGCUUUGUAUCUGGGACGCGUGGUGGAGACGGGCACCAUUGAUCCAGAAGUACAAAAGUUUAACACACCUGGUUUCAGAGGUUGCUUAGCAGAUGUUCGCUUUAACAACAUCACUCCCAUACAUGACAUCUUCAGACCUCCAUAUUCCUCAGCUGUUAUUACUGUGAAGGGGACAUUGGUGGAGUCUAACUGUGGGGCCAUGCCUAGGGAGUUUUUUCAUAUGCCCUACGAUAUGGAUCCAUGGUAUAUGGGAACAGUUUUUCCUCAUUACCACGAUGAUGGUCUGGCUGGGAUAAUUGCAUUCACGGUGAUCUUUCUCUUCCUUAUUGCAAUCGCGGCCUUAUUUCUGGUUUACCAUUAUUUCCACCGGUACAAAGGUUCGUACCUUACCAAUGAGCCAAAAGCCAUAGAUGCCCCAAGCACCACAAAGCCUGCCUCUGGCCGGAAAGAGCAGCCCCUCCCUCAAAUUGAAGAGGAGGGCGGAAAAGUUGAAUAACCCAUGCCACAGAAGACACAUCCAAGAAACAGCAGCCAUCUAAUCGUGGGUUGUCUGGGAAUGACUGCCUAUGUCACCUUCAACUAUCUGUCUACUAGUUGAUCAAGCCCUCUUUAACGGAGAGAAAAGGAGUGGAAGGAACAAGGGGGGAAGAGGGACCAGAGAAUAUGAAAAAGAAUGGACUGCCCUAGUUAGAAGAAUUUGUAGCCAUUUUUGGAGGGAAGAUUAUGUCAGUAUUGUAUUUACAUUCACCUAUUUAAUUUUUACUGAAUAAUGCCACAACCUAUUGGAAAAGAAGACAUAUCCUAAGCUUCCUCAUAUUUAAAUUCUACCAUAGUGGUAUCAGAUAUUACUUACCAAAACGUACACCUUAAUAUUAGAAGAAAUGUAGGAAUGCAGUUUAAAAGAUGAGCCACAAGACUUUACAAUUACUGCAUAUACACCCCUCCACCCCCCAAAAGGGGGUAUAAUGUGUCUUUUAUUCCAUUAAAUAUGAGUGAAGUAUCUCAGACAUUCUACAGGCAAGCAUGAAUGGUAUAUGAUUGCACUAAUCUAUGAAUGCAGGAAGUGAAAGCUCAGUUCUAGGAUGUUUGUAAAUUAGACGUUGCACUUCAAAUGAGCCAGUAUGUGAAUGCUCGUAUUUAUUCCUGUACUGCUUCUAUAAGCAUUAUGUCAUUUACAUGUACAUCAAACAAACAAAAAAAGUCAUCAUUAAGCGUUCACUGCAUGUCUAACAUUUUAGGACCCAAUGAGUCAAUAGUUCAACAAGCAAGCCUACAUAAUGAAAACCAUCCAUACGUCUUGAUCUGGUUGCCCACCGUACUUGUAAAUCACAGAUUAAGUAUAGCACUGGAUAUCAGGUAAUGCGAGUAAUGACCAUUCAGUCGUGGGAAAAUGAAAGUACACCCUCUUUGAAUUCUAUGGUUUUACAUAUCAGGACAUAAUAACAAUCAUCUGUUCUUUAGCAGGUCUUAAAAUUAGGUAAAUACAAUAGCAGAUGUACAACAACACAUGUGCUGUGUCAUGAUUUAUUUAACAAAAAUAAAGCCAAAAUAGAGAGAAGCCGUGUGUGAAAAACAAAGAUUGGCAACUGUCUUUUGAAUAAUCUUUCUAACUGUAGAAUGAUGGACUUUAAACUGGUUUUAAAUGGCCUUAUAACCCUUCCCAGUUUGAACAAUUCUUCUCUGAGAUGAUUGCUGACGUUUCUCCUCCUGUUAAAACACACCUGAAUGCUCCAGACCAGCAAACUUCUAAAACUUCAGCUUUUAUACAAGUGGUCACACUUGCUGAUGAUCAAUUAAUAAUUUAAUUAGCAGCACAUGUUUGCAACUCAGUCUCUUAAUUCCUAUGGAAGCGUGUACUUGGUUUUUCAC